GAAGAUUCUUUAGAAGUAUCAUCAAUGAACACUCCAAACUCUUAGCUACCAGUAGUUUCAACAAGAAAAAUGAGUCGCAAUCGUGUGGAAAACGUAAAGGUCUUUUGUCGGAUCCGACCCCGACUCGGCAACGAACGGGACGAGGAACUCUAUACGCUAACGGGCACAACCAUCGAAAUUCCACAUGCGAGGAUCAAGGGAUUGGCCAAUGUGAGUGCAGCUGUGGGAAGUGGAGGUUCCUCUGCGUCGAACGAGGCUACCGCUGAACAUUCAGCUGAACAGCUACAGGACAAACCAUCUUGUUCAGGUGGAGAGUCUUCAUCUUCGACCUCCAGUGCAGCUAGUCAACACAACCAGCUCUCCCGUGCCUCACUCGUUGGUGAUUUCCAUACUGGCAAACUUUCCGCUGACGGCAAGUAUGCGUUUCACUAUGACGGCGUGCUUGGCGCAGACAAGACACAGGAAGAUGUGUGGAAAGCAUUGGGGAUGGAAAGCGUCAUUUCGCAACUACUGGACGGCUAUCACGCAACAAUAUUUGCAUACGGACAGACUGGGUUCUUCUAAUUCUCUUUUUAUCCUGUGCGCUAGCGCUUAGUGAGCUGGAACAGCGCUCAGUGUGGAACUAAAUACCAAUCUCUCUCUACUCUCGUUUGUUCAGAAAGCAGUCAGCGCUCAGUGUGGAACUACAAAUCUCUUUCUCGUUUGUUCAGAAAGCAGUACUAGUCCUCCGCACUCCUCUAUAUUAUAAGUAACUUAGCGUGUGGCCGUUUCCCAAUAGAUUCCGUUACAGCCUCCAGGUCCGGCAAAACCUACUCCAUGGAAGGAGUCACAUAUGGGAAUGGAGUGGAGCCGCAAUUUGAUGAGACACCGGAAGAAAACUUUGGUUUGAUUCCGCGAAUCGCACGUGCUCUAUUUUCGAAGACAACUAGGAACAAGAGUAAGAAUUGUGCUGGCCAAGGAGCAGGUACAGCAGGCGGGGAAGGUGGUUCUGAAGAACUCGUUUCGACAUCUGAAGGCGGCGGCGUUGCAGGAGCAGCGGACGCAACGAAGAACGAAAAAAACGACUCAACAUCGGAAGCCUCUCCAAGUGAAGAAGCUCUGGCUGAUAACAGCGAACAUCUUGAGGCUCCGGAAGAAUCAGAAUUCACAGUACGUUGUAGCUUCCUCCAGAUCUACAACGAAAAAAUCUACGACCUCCUCAAUACAGAAGUUUUUCUUCCUCCAGAGGAGCAGCUGCCUCAGCAAUCUCAACAAGGGAAAACAUUCACGACCGGGAAAGGCGCGGUUACAAGAACAGCUUUAGAUGACCUGUGUAGUGAAGAUGUAGUCGAAGAAGAGAUUGAAACAGAAGUUGUGCAGGAUGGCGCGAUAGAAGAUCAGAUUCAGAACAAGGAAGAAGAAAAACGAGGUGAAGAAGACACUUCAUCUCACUCUUCACCACAAGACCAACAUCUACAGCAAUCCAAAAAAGUCCUUCUGUCUAAAAGUCCAAGCAAAACUAGAACUACAUCAAAAACUACAUCUAGGACAACGUCGGCUUUUGAUUCAGACCAUCUUCUCCCUGAUACGUCGCUCAAACUCCGGCAAUAUGGAGAUGAAUUCUACGCAGAAGACCUUUUGGAGUUUGAAUGCCGUUCGCCAGACGACCUGUUGCACUAUUUUCGGUGUGGAGUCCAGAACAGGGUGAUUGCGCAAACUUCUAUGAAUCACUGUUCGAGUCGGUCACACGCGAUUUUCGAAAUUCAGGUCGAAUCACGCACAUUAGGAAGUAGAGCGAAAUUGCAGUUGGUACUACAACUUGCUUAAUAGAUAGUCCGACCACCCUUUGAGUUUGACUUUGGAAGUUUGAUCGAAGGAGAAAGAUGCGGAACGAGGAACUAUGACAACAACAACCACUACAUCAGAAGAUGUAAGAACUUGCUUAUACUAGUUGAUGUGAUCAUAAGUUGCAAGAAUCGCGGUUUUGUUGAUGAACUCCACUCUCCUCAUCUUCGUCACUCUACUCUUCGUCAAGAAGGUCGAUCUUGCUGGUUCCGAGCGACCCUUCGCGAAGGAAGCUAUCCACGAUCAGGAGAACAAGAGCCGGAAACGACUCCAGGAGACAGUCCAAAUUAACACUUCGCUCUUCAUACUGCGCAAAGUAAUCACGGCACUUGCUUCUGGAGCUGCACUGGAUCGAAGACACAUUCCGUUUCGAGAAAGUACAGACUUAUCGUCCGAAGCUUCAGGGGCUUGCUGCACAUUAGACCAUGAAGCUUAAUUGAUUUCAAACAUCAGUAGUCCUCUCCAAUAUGAUCAAGAUCAAGUUUUAUGGUACCACAUAGUCUAACUCUAACAAGUCCUCUAUUCCCUCUACCUCUACGUCUACUUUCAGGUAAGCUCACCUGUUUGCUCCAGCAUGCGAUUAUCCAGGGCAACAGCAAUACCAUGAUGCUCGCUUGCCUCAGUCCCGCUGCUGAGUUUCUUUCCGAGUCUUUGUCUACACUGCACUAUGCCUCACUCUGUUCGCGACUCAAAACGUAUCCCUGUCGCAAUGUGGAUCCGAACCUGGUGAUGAUCGACAGUCUGCGAAAACUGCUUUACAAAGCUCACGACUACAUCCGUGCCAAAGAAGGGACAGUGCCGGAAGAACUUUUGUCGCUGACGGCUCAAGAUGCCUCUUCUAUCGAUGCUGAAAGCAUUGAUGCUAUGCAAAGAACGUUGAAAGGACUAGACUUUGAAGCGACCACGUCGGCGCGAAGUCAUGAUGUAAUUGGAGUAGGAGGUAGCACGUUAAAGAGGAUGCGCCGUGGGAUGAAAUACGGAGCAGGAGGAGGCCCUUCUACCUCAUUAUUAUCUCAACAGCAACUAAUGCGCGGCUAUGCUUCAUCAUACCACGGUCAACAUCUCCUGAAUGGAGGCGAAGGAGCACCGAUGGGCUACAAUAGUAGUUUCCAUCGCAUGUUUAAGAAUCACCACAGCAUGUUUUUCUACGGGGAGAACGGAGACCCAAGUAGAGGCGGGGGUGUGCCUGGAGAACCAGGCUAUUUUCGUCAGAAACUGAUGAAUCGAGUAGCGCAAGCCUAUCACGGAAGUGGAGCUGGAGAGGCAGGGAAUGGACAGAAUGGUAUGAUGUUGAUAUUACACACAUUUUCGAACAAGAAAGGAAUAGAAGUUACCUUUUGCUCAUCCUCAUCUACGCUAUCUCACUUCCUUCAAAGUCCUCAUUUACUGUGACGAUCAACAAAUCUUCAUGUGUCAUCUCUUCUCUACUCACUCAUCUACCACCAGCAACAGGUUCCUCAACAUCGUCCAACAACGGCGUCAGCGUCCGACGUUUAGCUCGAUGGUUUCAUCAGCAAGACGACGUGUUUUAUGGGAUCAAGAAACCCUCGCCGGAUCUCUUAGAGCAUGCGGUUGCAAAGCAUAUGGAGAAGUUACCUGGUGGUCGAGGUGGUGGAGGAGAUAGUGUUGAUAGACAACUUCAUUACGACUUCGAAAAUGGAAAGGGUGACUUUGACGAUGUUGAAGGAGAUGCAGUGGAGUCUGAGGAUGAGUUUGAGGAUGUUGACGAUGUUGAACUAGAUGACGAACUCGAAGAUGGCGUAGUCGAAGAUCUAGCCGCUUCUACAACGGGAAAAAGCAACAAGUCCUCGUCUCGAAGAAAGAACAGACGACGGAGCGGCGGUUCUCCGGCUUUUACGCCCGGCAGUUUGCUUCCAACAGUGAUGUCGCCAGUCAUUGAGGGAGAUGAAGAGGAAGACGACGAUGAUGCCGCGGGGACGAGUGUGGAACAAGAGUCUUCGUCUAGGUCUAAUUACAUUUUCGGCGCAACUAGUCGAGGCGGCGCAUCUACUUCAGGAUCCUCCUCUAACACUUCAAGUAGUACAACUACAAAGGCAGCACAUCCAACUCCAAGUAGGGAGAGGAGUCAAACAAAGAGCAAAACCUCUUCAACGAGAGCAAAUAUGGCUUCAGAAUUUGAGCUUUAUGGACGACCUAUGUCGCGAACGCCCCCUGUGACUCCUCCCGUGACGCCUCCAGUUCACUCAACGAGACGAGGCACUACUCCGCGGCGAAGAAAAUUGAAUGGAGGUGGUGGUGGUACAGGUGUUAGUAGCGGACAACCAGCCGCGGGUACUAGCAGUGCCAUUUCAUCUUCCACAACCACCUCUUCCAUGACAGGGCGUCUGAAAGUUGCUACUGCUACCUACAGUGCAGGUGCAGCUAAAAUGGAGACCACCAACAAGACCACAACUUCUGCUAGUGCUAGAGGGCUGCCUCCACACAACUACCUGGCGAAGAGAACAUCGACUGAAUCUUCUAGUACGAUCGCAAAUACUAGUAGAACUAACAAGGCGUCCUCCAACAAGCAUGUAACAAUCGACGGCGAAGCCUGUCUGAUUGACCAAGAACAAGAUGGAGAUUAAGGGUCGGAGGUUGACAUCCCUUCUAUGCGUAUCUCUAUGGCUUCUUCAAGUAGGAAAGCCAUAUUGAAUAUGCGAGCUAGAGAAGAUGCCAACUGCUCUCAACCUCUAAGGAGAUGACUACAACCACAAUUCUUCCAUGAGUAAGAAUGACAAAGAGAUGUCGGAUUUCCUAGAUGGUUUCCUUGCCGCGGAAGACGAUGAAGAGUUUCUGAACACGCGACUCGACGAGUACUUAGCAGACGUGCGAUUGGGCAGCGACGCGCAAGCAAUAAAAAAGAAGUCCUUUUUGGAUGAGGAUAUUGAUGUUAAGGAGAGGUUCUCGAGUAGGCUUUAGGGUUGGGUUUAGGGUUUAGGGUUGGGCCUAGGGUUUAGGGUUGCUCAGUCAUAGGAGAGGUGUAUGCUCAGUCAUAGGAGAGGUGUAUGAUGAAGCAGUUGUUCUUUCCCUGGUUUUUUUUCGUGAUCUAUCAGCCUUCUAGAGUGAAUGGCUAGGGCUGCUCGAUCGAGCCAUAAAUUUAGUUACCCCGGCCGCAUCCCUGGAGCACUCUAAGAGACAAGCCCAUGCACUUAGUCUGCGAAGGGAAAUUGAAGGUAUCGGCGGUGAUGCCGGAGCCGAUAUUCAUGGUUUCGAUGAUGGGAUCAACAAGGGCACGGACAGCCUGAACAAUUCCAGGAAUAAACGGACAGCAACAAAUCAACUACAACAACCCCACGCUUUUCCCAGACGAACAAGAGGCUCGUCUGGUGGUCCAGUGCGCUCUCUCAAGGAGGAAAACGAGCGAUUGUCGGAGACUGUAAAGAGAUUGCAGGAAUCUGAGCAGACACUGGCAGAACGCGUAGAAGUGGCUGAAACGAUCGCGGCGAAUACGAUGAUGGGAGAAGAAUCGAAGGGAGCGGUAUACCAUUACGAUAUUGCAUGCUUACAAUCAGCGUUUCUAGAAAUAUUGUCUUGUUUGUUUUCAUCUUUUGUAAUUCUACAGCAUGGGAACGAAUGUUGCAGCUUAUUUCUACAGCAGCCAUUUUCCAUUAGCACGAUCUCUAUCUCUCGACCCAAGGUAAAAAGCGUUUUGGACCAAUGGGCGCACAACAAGAAAGACGAAGCAAUGGCCUUGAAAAAGGAAGUGAGCGAUUUGAAGAAGAAAAAGCAUCUUAUGCUUGCCAUGAUGGGCAAGGGAAUCGGGUUAGGGCAUGCUGGAGGGGAAAACGCUCAGGACGCUGUUAUGGCAGCAUGAUGAACUAAAUACGAUUCUGAUUGCACGAACCUAUGAAAGUGUUGACAUGAUCGCGCUAUUUGAUGUUGACACAUUCAAAAAAAGAUGCAAGAAAUUAUUGAAACUUUUUUUGUACAGAGGCUGGCCCGAAGCAACAUAAUGAUCUUGUCAUAGUGAUGAACAGCAACAGCACGACACAAAGGCAGGAAAAUCCAGAUAUAGAAGAUACUGCACGUGAGAACUUGCUACGUAGAAUACAAGGCAAUUUAAGCAUAGUCUUCAAUGAAAAUGAAACAACCUUUUUUGAUGGAUUUUCUUGCCAAAACAACUUUUUUUUUAAAUGUGUGUCUGAGAUAAAACAAAAUGGUAUAACAAGCAGUAGACGUCAGAGUUUCUACUACACAACAAUAACAACUAUGAAUCUUAAUUCCAUCUUCUAAUAUGUUGUGAAAGAUUGCAAGUAUGAAGAUUUCUUAGGCAGCUUAAUCUUCUCAUUCAGUAAACUUCUCAUUCAGUAUAAUUGCAAACACUGGAGGUAGUAUCUCCCAUUGUGCAACUUACCACAAGCCUAGAUAAAUACGAAGAAACGUUUCUUUCAAAUGAAUUUACGAUUUGUAUUGUAAUGUAGUUAGAACGCAUGCAAGUACGAUUAGUAUCCCUAUUUUCCAGAACUAUUUCUAUCAAUCAACAUCGUCACAAACACAAGAAUUAUUCGUAGUUUCAUAAAAAGAGCAACUGCAACAGCAUGGUUUGCACUAUCGCAGCG